GCUCCCGAACCAUUCACCAUAAUACAUCCAUGUCUCACACUCGCCUCUCUGCGACCGUCUUCUGGUACACAGGAGGUUCUGUUCUGCCUCCAUGUGGGCAACUUAUUAAUGUUAACAGUUCUGUGAUAAUGUAAUUUGUUAGAGAACAGUUUCGGAGAAUUUUUUUCGCGUUACGAUAAGCGAGGACUGUGUAGAGAGACAGAGCCCAGAGCCAUCCCCGGCGUCCAUCAGCGACAUUGGCAUAUCAGUAGUGUUGUGUUGCCGUGCACAAGUUUAUGUGUGUACAGUAAGGUUGGGCUCCGGAGCGCUUUCCCCGCAGUCCCCCCCAUUUUCAGCUACAAUGAGCGAAUACUUCAGCCUGUCAGACUGUGAUGUUAUCGGCUUCGACCUGGACCACACGCUUUGUCGCUACCAUCUGAAGGAGACCUCCAGGCUCAUCUAUGAGAGCUUUGCCAGGUAUCUGGUGGAGCAUAAAGGCUAUGACAAGGACCUACUAAACCUAACCCCAGCUACCUGGGACUUCUGUUUUAAAGGACUAGUGGUGGAUCUGGAAGACGGGAACAUUGUAAAGCUGGCUGAAGAUGGGACUGUCUUACGAGCAACACAUGGAACCACUGACCUUAGCACAGAAGAGAUCAUCAAACAUUAUGGUCCUCAACGAGAGUGGAAGCACUUUAACAGUCUUAGUACCUCCUUCACAAGAUCUGAAAAAUACUAUUUUUAUGACAACUAUUUUGAUCUACCUGGGGCUCUUCUCUGUGGAAGAGUUGUCGACAUGAUGCAUAAGCGAGGAAAUGAGGUGAAUUUCGACUUUUGGAAAGAUAUGGUUGCUGCCAUAGACCACAAUUACAACACAUCUGCAUUCAAAGAGGACGCGGGGACCUACUUCCCCAGUGUGAAGAGGAACCCAGGCCAGUACCUGCAGCCCUGCUCAGACUCUGUCAAGACCUGGCUGCACAGCAUGAAGAAUGCUGGGAAGGUCCUUCUCCUUAUCACCAGCUCACACAGCGACUACUGCAGGCUCAUCUGUGAACACAUUCUGGGGAAGGAUUUUGAGGAGCUAUUUGACGUCAUCAUCACUAAUGCCUUGAAGCCUGGUUUCUUCUCCUUGGUACCUCACCAGAGGCCCUUCAGGACCCUUGGACAACAAUCAUCCAGCCAAAGCAACCAAAGAGUUUUUAGGCUGAAGAGGAGGAGUCUGCUCGACUGGCUGAUGAACGACGUGGAGGAGAGCGAGGGGCUCCCGUCGCUUGACAAACCCGGUUGGUACUCCCAGGGCAACUGGCCGCACCUGCACAAGCUACUCAAGACCAUGACGGGGAAACCAGAGCCCAAGGUAGUGUAUUUUGGGGAUAGCUUGAGGUCAGACAUGUUCCCUGCCAGCAGCUUUGGAAAGUGGGAGACAGUGAUGAUAGUGGAGGAAAUGGAGGGAGAGGGUGUUCCGAAGAGCAGCGCAGCAAUGUCCAAUGAGGCCCAAGUGGAGCCGCUGGAGAAAAAGGGCAAGUCUGAAGAGCAGGGCAUGAAGUCACCCUCUGCUGUGUCCAACCAGUGGGGAUCUUACUUUGUCGACAUUCAUAGAAGUGGAGGAGAGGACGAGGAGAGCCAGAAACUGACCUGGUGCUGCCACUGCAUUCACAAAUACAGCACCAUGGCCAUUCCUAGUGUUGAGCACAUAGCAGAUCUCCCUCUGGAUUACAAAUUUCCCAGGUUUUCUCCUGACAAGCCCUGCACCACUGGCUACUUCCCAAGACCCCCGGAUUCCUUGCUGAAGAGGUGCGAGAGUCUGUCGUAAAAAAAACAGAAAAAGUGAAAAGUUUAAAAAAGUCCUCCCUUACCCCUCUGCCUUAGGAGAGGAAUGUGCCUCCAUUUUUGCCUAUAGUGUCCCACCUGACCCCAUUGCCAUCUGUGGAGCACAAGAAGCAUACACUCCUCACCUAUUCAGAGAAACCAUGUGAAUGUAAGCCACAGUAUCUCUGUAAUAACUCCUACAUUUGAACAUUGUUUCGUGGUUUAGUGUACCCUACAUAUGGAAAUAUGACAAAAUAAGUGUGUGUCUGUACAAUAAUAAUAAAAGAUGUUGUGUUUUUAUUAUUUGCGUGAAGCUCCUUAUAAUUUUCUAUGGUAGAUUGUUUAAAAAUCUAAAUUCUUUGCAGUUUUCUGAAAUAACCUGGACAUUUUACUGUUUCCCCUUAAGUUAUUACCUCAAGAAUGUUUUCUACUGUAAGCAAAACACAGAUGGUUACAGUGUGUUUGUCCCCAAAAAUCCUUUGGAAUUAUUGUGCCAGUAUUUCGGUAUAAAAAUGUUAUUGUGAAGUCUUCUUUUUGAGUUCAGUUUUACUGUAUGCAUUUUUGUAACCUUAAAAUGAGGUCUAAUGUU